AUGAACAUAGUCCAAAAAGAUGGCGAGCUCUUAAAGGACUAUAUCAAGCGUUUCAACUUGGAGGCGCUCCAAGUGCGGAAAUACUUGGACGAGACCGCACUAAAUGCCAUCAUGACCGGGCUGAGGGACAAACCAUUCCUCUUCUCUUUGGAUAAGAACCCUCCUACCACACUGGCAGAGUUCUUAAACCGAUCACAAAAAUACACUAACACUGAAGAGUCCCGGAUUCUGCAAGAUGUCAUCCAAAAUAAAAGAUCCAUGACCAAAGAGCUAGCAAAGAAAGAGCCAGACUCGGCUAAUACAAGCAAGAAGCAUAAGGGGGAUCGAUCUCGUGACGAUCAUAGGGCAAUCAAACAUCCUGACAGCAAAUUCACCGCUUACACCCCGUUGAACAAGCCUCAAGAGCAGGUGCUGAUGGAGAUAAAGGAUGAGCGUUUUAUCCAGUGGCCGAACAAGUUGCACGCAUCCCAGAAUCGAAACCUAGCCCCGACAACCGAGGAACAGCAGAUCGACAAUCAGCUGAUUGGAGAAAUCCAAACAAUCUUUGGGGGUCACAAAGGCGGAUGGGACUCGAACAACGCUCAGAAGGUGCAUGCAAGAAGCAUCAGACGCCCGAAAGCAGAAAUGAUGGUCCUCGCUCGACCCUCAAAAGAAAUAAAGUUGGAAGGAUACAGUGUGACUUUCACCGAUGAAGACGUCCGAAGCGUUCACCACCCUUACAACAACGCAUUAGUCGUCACUCUCACCAUAGCUAAUUGGAAAGUUUUUCAGAUUUUGGUCGACACAGGGUCAUCGGCUGAUGUUCUCUCCCUUCAAGCAUUCGAUAAGAUGGGGAUUAGACAGAACUCCAUUCGUUCCGUCAAAACUCCCCUAAUGGGAUUCUCCGGGGGCAAAGUUAUGCCAGAUGGAGCUCCCUCACAGCCGGAGACGACCCAAAUCAGACCACUGUGA